UUGGAGAGUACUAGUAGGCAUCCUUCACUAUCAAUCCCAGUCAGGCGAGGGAGAGGGAAAGGGAAGCUAGAACAAUGAGGCGACGGCAUGAGCUGCUGGCCUCGCCGUCUUGUUGCAUGAUCGGCCUUAUGCUGCUGCUCACGAUGUCUGCUCGAGCUCAGCGGCAAGCGCAGACAGACCCGUCCGAAGUGGCCGCACUGAAUGCCAUCUUCUGGCGGUGGGGCCUGGGAGCGUCCACGGCGUGGAAUAUCAGCGGCGAGCCUUGCAGCGGUGCCGCCGUCGACGACACUACCGACAUAGAUAAUGACCCAAACUUCAAUCCGGCCAUAAAGUGCGUCUGCUCCUACAACGCCAGCACCGUCUGCCACAUCACAAGUCUGAAAGUAUAUGCCCUAGAUGUUGUUGGUCAGAUUCCUGCGGAACUGCAAAAUCUAACUUACCUGACAAACCUGAAUUUAGCACAGAAUUACUUGACUGGAUCUUUGCCAGCAUUUCUUGGAAAGUUGACUCAGUUACAAUAUCUAUCGUUGACUGUCAAUGCAUUAAGUGGAGUUUUACCGAUGGAGCUGGGUAACCUCAGGAAUCUCGUUGCACUGGGCAUUAGCGCAAAUAAGUUCGUUGGGCCACUCCCUGAAGUAGUAGAAAACUUGACCAAACUUGAACUACUGUUUAUCGAUAGUUGUGGUUUAAGUGGAGAGCUACCAUCUACCUUUUCCAAACUUAAGAACCUGACAGUCCUAUGGGCAUCAGAUAACGAGUUUACUGGGAAGAUACCUGAUUACAUUGGGAGCUUAUCAAAUUUGCAGGAUCUGAGGCUCCAUGGAAAUAACUUUGACGGACCCAUUCCUGCAAGUUUUUCUAAUCUUGUCAACUUGGCAAAUUUGCGAAUAGGUGAUUUAACGGGAAAGGUGUCUUCAUUGGCUUUUGUGGCUAACAUGACAGCGUUGAGUACUCUAGUUCUGAGAAACUCCAGGAUAUCUGACAACCUUGCUUCAGUGGACUUCUCGAAAUUUGUUAAUCUCACUUAUCUGGACUUGAGUUUUAACAGCAUCACAGGCAAAGUUUCUCCAACCCUUCUGAACCUGAAUUCCCUCAUUUUCCUAUUUCUUGGGAGCAAUAACCUCUCUGGGAGCUUAUCAGGCAUGAUUAGCCCUUCACUUACUACUAUUGACUUGUCAUACAAUAUGCUCUCAGGAAGAUACCCUUCUUGGGUUAACAUGAAUAAUUUACAAGUGAAUUUGGUGUGGAACAACUUUGUGAUAGAUAACUCGAACAACAGUAUUUUGCCUUCAGGACUGAAUUGUCUUCAACGAGAUACUCCUUGUUUUGGUUCUCCAUCUUAUUCCUCCUUUGCAGUAGACUCUGGUGGUUCAAGACCCAUCAGAGCCUCAGACAACUCCAUUUACGAACCUGAUGAUGCCAGUCUUCCAGUUGCAUCAUACUAUGUUACAAAUUCAACGAGAUGGGGUGUUAGCAACAUCGGGACAUUCAUGGACUCGUCUAAUGGGAGUUAUAUAAUAUACGCUUCUCGCCAGUUUACCAACACACUUGAUUCUGAACUAUUUCAGACAGCCAGAAUGUCACCCUCUUCAUUGAGAUACUACGGCAUUGGGCUCAAGAAUGGCAUGUACAACGUUGUACUUCAAUUUGCAGAGAUCUUUUUCCCAGAUGAUCAGACAUGGAAAAGCGUGGGAAAGAGGAUUUUCAAUAUAUAUAUCCAGGGAGAUCUUAAAGAAACAGAUUUCGAUAUAAAGAAACAAACAAAUGGAAAAUCUUAUACUGCUGUUCAAAGACAGUACACUGUUGAAGUAACGAAUAAUUUCAUUGAUAUUCAUCUCUUUUGGGCUGGAAAGGGCACUUGUUGCAUUCCUGACCAAGGGUUCUAUGGGCCAUCGAUCUCAGCAUUAAGCGUAUCUUCUUAUGGUAGCAACGGUGAAGGGGAUCCUGGUCCACAGAGAAACAGCACUAGCAGUAGAACAGGUUUGGUUGUUGGAGUUGUAGUCUGUGUUGCAGUUUUAGGAUUUCUAGCACUUGCCGGGACCUUUGUUUGGAGGCAGAAAAGGAGGAGGUUAGAGGUGGAAAUGGAAGAGCUGUUCAGUAUAGUUGGAAGGCCUAACGUCUUCAGUUAUGGUGAAAUAAAAUCAGCUACGGACAGUUUUAGUCCUGGUAACAUUCUCGGAAGAGGGGGAUAUGGACUUGUUUACAAAGGUAAGCUGCUUGAUGGGAGAAUGGUGGCUGUAAAGCAGCUGUCUUCUACAUCUCAUCAAGGGAAAAAGGAGUUCAUGACAGAAAUUGCAACAAUAUCUGCGGUGCAGCACCGGAAUCUUGUGAAGUUGCACGGCUGUUGCAUCGACAGUAAGACGCCACUUUUGGUCUAUGAGUACCUGGAACAAGGGAGCCUCGAUCAAGCAAUCUUUGACAAGACAGACUUGAACCUAGAUUGGAGGACGCGCUUCGAGAUAUGUGUAGGCAUUGCAAGAGGUCUAGCAUACCUCCAUGAGGAGUCCAGCAUGCGAAUAGUGCACAGGGACAUCAAGGCCAGCAAUGUCUUGCUCGACGUUGAUCUUAACCCCAAGAUCUCUGACUUCGGGCUGGCUAGGCAUUACAAGGAUAGCAUGACUCAUCUCAACACUGGAGUUGCUGGCACGCUUGGUUAUCUCGCACCCGAGUACGCCAUGACGGGGCACCUGACUGAAAAGGCUGACGUUUUCGCAUUCGGUGUCGUGGCACUGGAGAUCAUCGCGGGACGCCGGAACUUCGAUGACAGCCUCGAGGAAGAUGAGAAGUAUCUUCUUGGAUGUGCCUGGCAUCUGCACGAGAGCCAACGGACACUUGAACUGUUGGACAGUAAACUCAUUGAAUUCAACGAGGAAGAGGCUGUGCGACUCAUCAGUGUUGCUCUUAUGUGCACGAUGGGCCUGCCUCAGCGACGCCCACCGAUGUCCAAGGUCGUGUCCAUGCUCAUGGAAGACAUCGCGAUGACCGACGUGGACACCACCAUGAGGCCCAGCUACGUUCCUGAAUGGCAGCUCAGGAGCUUCAGCAGCAGCUACUUCUCAGGGUCUGGGACGUCGAUUCAACAGUCCUCGGGUAGCCAGGUCAGCGCGCCAUCCAGCUCGAGCAAGAAACCGGCAGGGAUCCGCAGGGACACCUCGCCACUGGCUCUAUCGUCUUGUUCUAGUGGCGGGAUCGACGAGGGAGCGUGAAUGCCGGUGCGAGGCUGUAGAGUCUUGUUCGAGAUGAGAAUCUAGAUCUAAUCUUUUAUAACAUUGGGUCCUAGUAAUUUCUUCGUGCUAUAUGUUUAUUUUUGGUUAUUUCUUCUGCUCAAUUUAUGAUGAUUUUUGCUUUCUCUCGCAAA